AUGAGGCCCAUGUGUUUACCUCUGGCUAGUGUUAUCAAAUAUGUAAUGAGACUCAUCCUCUUCUCCGCAGUUCACGCAGGCCUGCUGAGAAAAAGACACUCGUGUCCGCAGGUGUGUGAUGAGGCUCAGUGCCCGGUCCUGCCUCAGGCCUGUUACUACGGCCAGGUGAAGCACAGGUGUGGAUGUUGUAUGGUGUGUGCGGCCGGGGAGGGUGAAGAGUGCGGCGGUGGAAGCGGGCUCUUCUGCGGGGAAGGGCUGCGGUGCGACUCGGUCCCUGGGAAGAAGCUCCAGGGUUCCUGCGUCUGCUCCACAUCUGGUCCGGUGUGCGGCAGCGACGGCAGGACUUACCCCAGCAUCUGCCGCCUGACAGCCGAGAACAGGAGGGCCGAACUAGGAGAGACUGCAGCGGUCAUUUUGAUCCAGAGGGGACGAUGUGAGUCAGGACUGCAACAUCCAGGAAGCAUGCGCUACAAAUUCAACUUCAUUGCAGAUGUGGUGGACAAAAUUGUUCCAGCUGUGGUGCAUCUAGAACUUUUCCAAAGAGGGCCAUUUUCCAAUGAGGAGGUCUCUGUGUCGAGUGGUUCUGGGUUUAUUGUAUCAGAAGAUGGCUGGAUCGUCACUAAUGCCCACGUACUCAACAACAAGCAGCGGAUUAAAGUAGAACUGAAAAGCGGUUUCCAGUACGAUGCUACAGUCAAGGACGUGGACCAGAAGAUCGACAUUGCACUCAUCAAAAUUGAGACGGACACUCCCCUGCCUAUCCUGCGUCUUGGCCAGUCCUCAGACCUGCGUCCCGGCGAGUUCGUGGUAGCUGUGGGUAGUCCCUUCUCCCUGCAGAACACAGUCACCACCGGCAUUAUCAGCACUGCCCAUCGCAACGGCAUGGAGCUUGGCUUCAAGGACUCUGACAUGGACUACAUCCAAACUGACGCCAUCAUUAAUUAUGGCAACUCUGGUGGUCCACUUGUCAACUUGGAUGGAGAUGUCAUUGGCAUAAAUACCCUAAAAGUGACGGCAGGAAUUUCUUUUGCAAUUCCUGCGGACAGAAUACGUCAGUUCCUUGCUGAAUCCCACAACAGACAAGUUAAUGGAAAUGCAGCACAAAAGAAGAAAUAUAUAGGCGUGCGGAUGCUGCAGCUUUCCUCAUCUUUGAUCAGAGAUCUAAAGUCACGACAGAGUGAAUUUCCAGAUGUGAGCUCGGGGGUUUACAUUUAUGAGGUAAUCCCUGGAUCAGCUGCAUCCAGCGCUGGCAUGAUUGAUCACGACGUAAUCAUCGGCGUCAAUGGGCAGCCCAUUCAGACCAUGAAGGAAGUGAGCGAGGCUGUCCACACCGGCGCCGUGCUCUCUGUGGUGGUGAGACGAAAGGAUAGAGAUGUCAUGCUAACUAUCAUUCCUGAAGCAAUGGACUGA